AUGUUUCUUAAUGAACCUUAUUUGCAUAUCGCGUCUUUUUAUGCCGUGACGUCGCAACGACGACGAUUCCUCUGGCGGUAUGCAAACGCCAUGGUGCGGUCCAAGCGUUGGGGGCGGCACAACAACACUGUGGCCGAACUGUUCACGCAGAGAGCCGAAAUGGAUCCCACAGCGCCUUGCUUCAUCGUCGUCGAUGAUCGCACUUGGACCUUUGGUGAUAUGGCAGAAAGUUCAAAUCGCGUGGCUCGCGUUGUACAAGAGCAUGUUGGACUGAAGCGGGGUGACGUUGUGUGCGUCUUCAUGCCCAAUUGUGCCGAGUUCGUGUACACAUGGUUGGGCAUGGCGAAACUGGGCGCCGUCUCGGCCUUGAUCAACAGCAACCUGAGACAUAAGCCUCUACUGCAUUGCAUACAAGUCGCUAAGGCGAAGGCUCUCUUCUUCACUGGAGAUCUAUCAACAUCCAUAGCAGAAAUACGCAGCCAACUGCCAGAAGACCUCAAGUUAUUCCAGUUAUACGGCGACAAGGCUCCAGGUGUAGUGGACUUGGGCGAAGAGAUGAAGAAGCAGCCCUCUACCUACCCGGUCGUCACCGAUAAACCACAAUACAAAGAUACCCUGCUUUAUAUUUACACCUCUGGAACAACUGGAAUGCCUAAAGCGGCGCUACUACCGAAUUCUAAGUAUCUGCUGGUGGUGGUAGCAACAGUGCAUAUGCUGGGUUUGAAUAAGAAGGACCGGCUGUACAACACUCUGCCCCUAUACCACACGGCGGGUGGCGUGGUAGGGACCGGCGCCGCCCUUGUUGAUGGUAUACCCACCAUCCUGCGUACAAAGUUCUCAGCUUCAAAUUAUUGGAAGGACUGUAUCAAGUUUAAUGCUACAGUAGCACAGUACAUAGGCGAGAUGUGCCGGUACUUGCUGGCACAGCCGCCGCGGCCCGAGGAGUCGAUUCACAACGUCCGCAUCAUGGUAGGCAACGGCAUGAGGCCCGCUGUCUGGCAGCAGUUCGUUGAUAGGUUCAAAGUGAUACAGAUAAACGAAAUAUAUGGAGCAACCGAAGGCAACGCAAAUAUCAUUAACGUGGACAACACAGUGGGAGCCGUGGGCUUCUUGCCGAAGCUGGUGCCCACCAGUUUGCACCCCAUCGCGCUGGUGAAAUCGGAUGAGCAGGGCAAUCUCGUGCGAGGAGUCGAUGGUUACUGCAUUCGGUGCUUACCUAACGAACCGGGCAUGUUUAUCGGGCUAAUCGCCCAAGGCAACGCUUCGAGGGAGUACCAUGGAUACGUUGACAAGAACGACAGCAACAAGAAAUUAGUCCGCGAUGUUUUCUGCAAAGGCGACGCAGCCUUCGUGAGCGGCGACAUCCUGGUCGCCGACGAUUUUGGCUACUUGUACUUCCGCGACCGCACCGGGGACACUUACAAGUGGAAGGGGGAGAACGUUGCUACUGCGGAAGUAGAGGACGCCAUGGAGCCGGCUUUGAAUCAAAAAAGUUGCAUCGUUUAUGGUGUUUCGAUCCCUCAGACCGAAGGGCGAGUGGGUAUGGCAGCGAUCGCAGAUCCGAAGCGCGAUGUGGACAUGACCAGACUGGCGAAGGAGAUCGACAACUCGCUGCCGGCGUACGCGCGGCCGCUCUUCUUACGCAUUAUGAAUGAUAUUGAUAUGACAGGUACCUUCAAACUAAAGAAGCUGCAGUAUCAGAAGGAGGGUUUCGACCCUGACGUGAUCAAGGACCCGUUGUACUUCAGACAGGGCAAGGAGUUCGUGCCCAUCACAGCACAGCUCUUCACAGACAUCUGCAACGGCCGCGUCAAGCUAUAAGCGCCCUCUGCUGGUUCAUAGGCGGAAACACUUGUAAAUACCUAUAAAUGAGUAUUCGUUUAGCGACAAAUAUUGUACAUUUUAAAAUAUACACCGUUACUGUUUUGUUGUAAAAACACAUUUUUUUACAUAUAUAUUACGCAGCUGUUGUGCUAAUACAGAUAAUCGAGUUCUUCGCAUCUGCUUACACGACAGGGGUGCAAUUAGAUUUUUUAAGUUUAAUAAUUUAGACUGUACUCGUAAUUAAAUAAGGACCUGAUUUGUCAAAAACCGCUAUUUCGAAAAUAUUUAGUCACAACACCGUAGGCAACGAUUUUUGUCAGGAGAAUUUAAAAUAUAAUGGUAUGGUAUUUAAAUCCAAACACUUCGAGAUUUUACACCUGAAUUUUUUUCCAAGCGUGUUGAUUUUAAAGUCCGGGGUUUUCAACUUCCGGGUUGAAUUAUGAUUGUUAAUUUUGUUAUCGAGGAUCACAACUUUGCAAGUUAUGCGUGUUUUGAAAAAUUGUCGCUUGCUGAAUACAAAUUUUUACGGUAUCAUCAAGUUUCUUAAGCCUAUAUCGGUGUAGCAAAAUCCGCAUGAAAUUGUCGGUGAAAACUUAGGCGCAAUCGACUACAUAAAAAAAUCUAACUUUCCGGGAAAUCUGAAAAAGUCGGUUGCGAAAUAAUAAGAAAUAGUAAAAGCUCAAUAAAAUUACCGUAAUUACAGGUUAUUUCAAAAAAGGUAAAAAAAAUCUUUAUCUUUUUGAAACACGCUGUUUAGGUAACAUUAAAAAAGAUACAUUUGGACUCAUUGCUGUACCUACAAGUGGUCUAAAAAUAAUUAUAUUAUGGGGUUAGGGUACUGUAACAAUUGGUGGGCUCUUAAGGAAUAAGUACUGUCACACGGGAUGAAUACAAACGCGGGGUUAAUACAAGUAAACUGAUUACAUAGUAUAGUAACUCCAUGCAAUCGAACCAGCGCGUCCGUGUACGGACGCACACAUUCGCUGCUACGUUUGUAUAGAAUUACCAUACUUGUAUUAUACUAAGCUGAUUAUGUCAAAUUUUCGCAUUUAUAAAACGCUGGCUGCGUUCGCGGCUACAUAACAUUAUAAUAUAGUUUAUGUAGCAUGUUCUCUCUGGCACAUAAAGAUUUUUCAUUAAUUAAUUUAGUUUAUUUCUACCGGAGUUUCUGUUCACCUCGUUAUACAGUAGUAUAAUAUAUAUGUCACAGGGAAGCUCAAAACGAUGUUAUUUAAAUACACUAAAAACGCCGAGGUCUAAGGGAAGAUCUAGAAUCCGUAGUAACAUAAAGUAGGUGCCCUCAGCCACACAUCAAGGUUAAACAAACUGUCAUUUUAUUUGUUCAAAUUUGUACUGUAUUGUGUCUGAAUAUAAGGUACAAUUCUUCAAAGAAUUUUGACAGCUUUUAUAGCUUUAGCUAUGGCUCACCGUACUAAAUUAAUGUGUAAUGAUGCGAUCUAUAUUUAUUGACUUUGUUUUAAAACUUUCAACAAAUCUUUGGAAGUUUUAAAACCGAGUGAAACACAUGAAUAAAGUCAAUAUCGCACUAUAUGAAACAAUUAUUAGGGUUUAUAUUAAAUUAACUUUUCAAUUAUAAUUGAAAAUUAUUGACAUAGUCUCGUUUGAAUUUAUCGUUUCAGAAUUAAUCCUUCUGUAAAACUUUUUCUAUAGCACUAUUUAAUUCAAAUUUAUAAUUAAGUACCGAAAAAUUAAGCUCAUAUAUAAGGAUAAAUUCGUACUGGAAGCAUAGUGGAGUCCUCAUUUCCUCUCUUUAUCUCGAUAAAGUUAAAACACGUAAAAUUUUGCACUGCAAUUGAGCACCGCGCUUCCAGUGUCAAUGGGCCCUUAAAAAUUGAAUAAACGUCUCCAAUUAUUAAAAAUAUAAGACUAAUGUUAAGUUUGUCCUAACAAUAACCGAGAGGGACUUAAGAUACACUUAGCAAGACUUUGACAUUUUAACGAUAAGCAAUAUUAACAAGAUACAAAUGUAGAUUGUCAGCGAACGCCAAGCAGGUAGAUAGUUAUAGAAUCAAAUAUACCUACUGUAAGUAGACGUACAGGGUGCCCUAGAUUGUGAUAUUAAAUCUAGGA